AUGAGACCAUUCAGAUUAUUUUAUGUAACUGCCAUUGUUGCUUUGGGAUCUCAGGUUAUGGCUGUGCCCAUAGAAUCGACGACAGGUGAAGUUUCUGCUGCAAGCAAUGAAACAGUGACAUCAGAUGGUGUUAAGCAACCAGUGACACCGGGACCAAAUGCGACGGAUUUGGAAACCUCGAAUUCAAAUCCCGAACCCACUUAUGUGUUACCCGAACACCAUUCCUCCGCUGGCUCAGCACCAUUUGAUCCUUCAAUAUAUGCGGGGUAUUUGACACCUGAGGCAUUCCAACAAUAUUUGGCACAAUUUGCUGGGGCAUUUGCCCCCUAUGCCUAUCCUGGUUAUGGUGCCGCCCCAGCUCCCGUAUAUCCCGGGCCAUUUGCUGUACAAACUGGUUACGAUGGUUUCUUGGUGCCAUCUGUCUCCGCCAAUUUGGCAGCUACUGGAACUGCCGCUUCGACAUCGGUAAUUAGCAAUAUCUCAACGGCGCUACAAAAUCUAUUCACCACUCUGAUGAGUUCAACCAUUUUCCAAAUGGUCCUUACCGCUUUGGGUGCCUUGGCCAUGAUUCUGUUCGGAGGUGCCAUCACCACCGCCAUCUGUAAUUUGACACCGAUCUGCAACAUUUCCUUUAAAGCUGUCUCAUAUCUUCGUGGUGAGGGUGCUGCCGAUGUCGGUCGUAUGUUGGCCGAAGAAAUGACACCAGAACGUGUGCGACGUGCAUCGGAAUUUGUACGAAAUGCCAUUCGCAAAUACAAGGAAAUGCAAAAUCUGAUGCAUGCCGAAGAGAAUCAUUAUGUGAAGAACAAUGACCAGGAAUGA